CCCCGCCAUGAUUUAUGUCAGAGGAAAUGAAAAGCCGGAUCCUCAUGGGCCCGCCGUGUGUUUUUCUUGCAGGAGACCAAUGAAAUUGUGGCCAUUAAAAAAUUCAAGGACAGCGAAGAAAAUGAAGAGGUUAAAGAGACAACGUUACGGGAGCUCAAGAUGCUCCGAACCCUCAAGCAGGAGAACAUUGUGGAGCUGAAGGAGGCCUUCCGCCGAAGAGGGAAGCUGUAUUUGGUUUUUGAAUAUGUGGAGAAGAAUAUGCUGGAGCUGCUGGAGGAGUUACCCACCGGGGUGCCCACCGACAAAGCACGCAGCUACAUCUUCCAGCUGAUCAAAGCCAUUCACUGGUGCCACAAGCACGACAUUGUUCACCGAGACAUAAAGCCAGAAAAUCUCCUCAUCAGUUCCGAUGACGUCCUCAAGCUUUGCGACUUUGGUUUUGCACGUAAUCUCUCCGAGGGAACCGACGCUAAUUACACCGAAUAUGUGGCCACUAGAUGGUACCGCUCUCCAGAGCUCCUGCUCGGGGCCCCUUAUGGGAAGGCAGUGGACAUGUGGUCAGUGGGAUGCAUUUUGGGGGAGCUGAGCGAUGGGCAGCCUCUGUUCCCGGGAGAGAGCGAGAUUGACCAGCUCUUCACCAUCCAGAAAGUGUUGGGACCCCUGCCACCAGAGCAGAUGAAGCUCUUCUAUAACAACCCUCGCUUCCAUGGGCUGAGGUUUCCUGCUGUGAACCACCCGCAGACGUUGGAGCGGAGAUACCUGGGAAUCAUCGGUGGAGGCCUGCUCGACCUGCUAAAGAACCUCCUAUUGCUGAACCCGACGGAGCGCUUUCUCACAGAGCAGUGCCUGAACCACCACGCCUUCCAGACCCUGCGGCUGGUGGAGCGUCCCGGCCCCCCCACGCCCACUCCCGUGCGCUCCUCCAAGAGGAAGCCUCACCACGGAGACAACAACACCCCCAGCAGGAGCCAUGGAGGGAAGAGCUCAGGAAGUCACCGCUCCAGCAGCAGAGAGUGCUCCAGCCUGCCCCGCCACGAGGACGUCCACCCCGGCAACGAGGGCUUCCUCAACGGCAACAUGCCCGCCGCCAUCAACCUCAGCCCCACCCUGCACCCCAAGAACUACCAGCCCCAGAUCUUCAACCACUCCACGGCCUGCAGCAUGGACCUGGCCAGCAGCAACCUGCCCCACCUCCACAGCCCCGGCGAGGCCAAGAGCAAGGGCGACUUCGAGAUGAACCUGGGCUCCAAGGGCUCCGACGGACCCGGCGCCAAGUACCUCAAAUCCAACUUCCGCUCGCAGCAGAACCGCCACUCCUUCGUGGAGGGGAAGACCAACACGCUGCAGUCGGGGGAGAAGCACGGCCGCCACGGCUACGUGGACUCCCACAGCUCGGCGCCCUCCUCCUCCAAGUUCGCCUACCUGAACCUGUCCAAGAGCUACGGCACGCUGAGCGACGCCAAGUCGGUGGGGAACCUGAACGACGUGCACCUGUACGCCGACGAGCCCGCGUCCCGCUAUUUCCCCUCCAGCUGCCUGGACCUCACGGCCCCCAGCAGCCCGGCCUCCCGGCGGGUGGAGAGGCUGGGCCCCGGCGCGGCCGGUCGGGCGAGCACGCGCUCGGACCGAGAGAGCAACACCUUGGACUCCUCCUACCGGCGCGCCUCCACCCGCCAUAAAACCUCAGAGGAGGCCAAGUCGUCCGACGCCCUGGACCCGGGGGAAAGUAGCAUCGAAAGGGGCCACGCGCACUCUCUGUCCGCCCCGCACGAUCCCCUGCCCUACGGCCAGGGCUACACCAGCCCCUUCUCCUCCCAGCAGAGGCCGCACCGCCACUCCAUGUACGUGCGGAGGGAUCACCAGCGGACGCACGGGGCGGACGAAGGGCUGUCGGUCGGCCAGGGGAUGCCCACCCGGGCCAGCAGCCUGCAGCUGCUGUCCCCACAGCUGCAGCACCGCACGCUGCCCCGCCACUCCGGGAGCUCCUCUAGGGAAGAGGACCUGAGCAGGAGUGAACAGGCACCCACUGAGGUCACCCACAGCAGACCCCCAAUAAGGGACUCAACAAGGGACAACGCCGCAUCUUUUCACUCACAGCGGCAAAAAAACGAGGUCGGCUUAUAUCAUGACCAGCAAGCAGAAGAUGGGGGCUCUUCCAAAGAGAACCGCAACAUCUACAGUGAAUCCAUGCCGAGGCGGGUGGGCAGCUUCUACAGAGUCCCUUCUCCCCGGCCAGACAACUCCUUCCAUGACCGACGGGGCGAGAGCCGGGGCUCUGGCUUGUCUGGGGACGGAAGCAGUUUGACUAACCACACCAAACGGCAGCCCGCAUUUGACCCCUGGACUGGCCCAGAUACCGUUGUCUUGAAUGCAUCUGAGCCAUCCAAAGAGAAGGAGAAGCAGGGUUUCUUCAGAGCAAUAAAAAAGAAAAAGAAAAAAUCCCAAAUGAUGGAAGUCCCCGAUGGAAGGCCCCCAGUCAUCAAGAAAUGUCUUUUGCCCCUGUUUUGUCCAAAGAAUAACAUAAAGCAUAGCUACUUUGUGAGAGUCCUCCCUGUAGUGUCCUCUCCCAUGGCUCCCAACGAAGGUAUGGAUGCGGUCAUCCAGAAGUCCUCCAGGUCCUCAGGUCACCAGAGCAGCCGCCACCGGACUCGAGACAAGAGCAGAGAGCGGAACCAGGAGCGAGACCGGGACCGAGAAAAGGACUGGCCCCCGGAGAAAAUAUCCGAUUCGCACUCUCCUAGCCAGCCGUUGAAGUCGCUGCGCAAGCUCCUCCACCUCUCGUCCUCGUCCUCCAACCAGACGGCGUCCUCCGACAUGCGCUACCAAGCGUCCGGCCAGGGCGGCUUCAGCGAAGGCCGGGGCCACUCGGGGGUCGGCACGCCCCAGCUCAAGGGCCGACAGGCAGCCUACCCGCUGCCCGGACAGCUGGAGUCCGGCUGGCACCCGUCGGCACACGGCCGCCCCGAGGGCAACCCUUACCCGGAGCAAAUGGGCAUCAAGGGCGGCCAGAACGGCCACGGCUUCGGACGCCCGUCCAGAUCUCGCAUGCCAAACCUCAACGACCUGAAAGAGACAGCCCUGUAAUCUUUCGAAAACCCCUCAGCAUCCCGUUUCCCUCCUGUUGUUUCCCCCCCGUUCCCGUUGUAAAUCAGAGCAACCUGCU